AUGUCUCAACUGGGGGAGAAGAACGCUACUUUCAACCAUCAUGCAACGUGGGAUCGAUCAAGCGAAAAAGACCUCGACUGUACUCAUACUGAAGAUAAGUACGGGGCCGAUGUUGCGGAGGCUCAACAGAUUGCGUCGCAUUGGGUGAAUGGGACAGAUGAAGAGAAGAGACUUGCUCGGAAGCUGGACUGGCGCAUUCUGCCUUGUACGUGGCUACUGUACCUGCUUGGCUUCCUUGACCGUGCGAAUGUUAGCAACGCCAAAACAGGUGGUCUUGAAGACGACUUUGGCCUCACUUCCUCCCAAUAUUCAAUUAUUGUGCUGGUUUUCUUCCUGUCCUAUCUUGUUUUUGAAGUUCCAGCCAACAUGAUCUUGACUCGUGUUCGACCUAGCGUGUUUCUCCCUGGAUUGGGUCUUAUAUGGGGCACUUUUGCCGCUCUCAUGGGAGCGACACAAAAUUGGACCCAAUUGGCGGGAAUGAGAUUCCUGCUUGGUAUUGCUGAGGCUGGAUUUGCUCCAGGGUGUGCUUUCUUCCUUUCAUCCUGGUACCGGAAAUAUGAGCUCGCAACACGUUACGCUAUACUCUACACCUCUGUGCCAAUUGCUGGGGCUGUAUCUGGGCUACUCGCAGGUGUGAUCACUAAUCACAUGAAUGGGAUCCUUGAAGGCAUCGCAUCAAUCAUUGCAUCCGUGAUUAUCUACUUCUUUAUGCCCGAUUAUCCCUCCACUAGUAAACGGUUCCUAUCGGAGGAGGACAGCAUCCUCGCCUGUAACAGACUGGCUGUCGACGGCAUUGGCCUAACACAGGGCAGCGGCGUCAAGGAGAUUCCUCACUGGGAGGCUUUCAAGAUGACCUGCAGUGACUGGAGGGUAUGGGCUCAAUGCUUCAUGUUCGUACUCGUGACGGGGUCUCAGACGAUUCAAUAUUUCAUCCCUACGCUAGUGGAAAGUUUCGGGUGGACAGGUCCAGAUGGCCAAUACCACACAAUUCCUGCUUAUAUGGCUGCCCUCGUCUACGUAGUGCUAUGCUGCUGGCUCGCAGAUCGCUACAAGAAGAAAUGGCAAUUUAUAUGCGGUCUUUCUUUUGUCGGCUGCGUGCUCUUCAUCACUGUCAUCACCGUGAAAGAUAAAAUGGCGCAAUACAUACUCACAAUCUUCGCUUUUGGGACUAUUUACGCCUGUUCGCCAUUAGUGAAAACGUGGGUCGCAGAUGUUAUUCCCCAACCGGCCGCGAAACGAUCUAUCGCUAUUGCGCUCAUUAACGCGAUUGGUAAUGCCUCGUCUAUAUAUUCAUCAUGGCUGUGGCCGGAUAAGGAUGCACCGAGGUAUAUUCCUGGGUUUGCGACUACGACUACCUGGCUAGGUGUUCUGUGUGUGUCUGCAGCUGUUUUCGCUUACUUCUUUAACAAAUAUCCUGCGGAGAAAAUUGAUCAUGCUACGGCUAUGGCCAAUGAGUUGCGGGUGAGGAGGGAGGCACCGGAGGAGUUGAAGGUUUAA